UAAAAACGGUUGUCGUCAUUGCGUUGAGAAUCAAGGAAAAUUAGAGCGGAAAAUAAAAGGAAAACCUUGUCAACAAUGAAUCGCAAAUUACGUUUUUGGAAUGCCCGGGUUUUGAGUUAUUUUGUGGCCUCCCUGAGCGGUGUAGCUUUUUUGGUGGCUGGCAUAUUAAUUUUAUUAAAUCGUUGGCAAAACAAAAAAGGAGAGAUGACCGACAGAUCUAUGCUGCAGGCAAUAUUUGCUAUACACAUAUUUAGUGCUGUGGCAUUUUGUUUAUCCUUGGUUUUCCUGAAGGGACUAUACCAGAAUCGUAUUGCUCUGAUGAGACCCUAUGUGUAUCUACUCUCGGCUUGCCUAUUGUUUGCUUUCAUAACCAUUAUUUGCAUUUACACGGCCGAUUUGGUGAAGGAGCCAGCAUAUUUCAAUGCCAUAUUAUUUAACUUCUAUUACUGCUUGGGAUUAGGCCUUCUCAUCUUAUUUCUAUUGCCAAUAUUUUUGGUUUACCGGCAAAUGUCGAAAUCAAUCGAAAUAAUCGAGAAGUUGGAUGAAGCCACUGUUGCAGAAAUCAAGCCAACUAUAACAACACUAUAUUAAUGGGAGGUGACAACAAGCUAUAGCUAUAUUGGAAAAUACCGAACAUUACUGUUUAAAAACCAUUCAUCAAUUAUAAUAAUAUAUUUAAAUUAUUUCAGAUAUAUAAUCAA